AUGGUGAAGCUAGAUAUUCAUACUCUGGCCCAUCACCUCAAGCAGGAACGCUUAUACGUGAACUCUGAAAAACAGCUCAUUCAGAGGCUUAAUGCAGAUGUACUUAAGACAGCCGAAAAGUUGUAUCGUACAGCAUGGAUUGCUAAGCAACAGAGAAUUAAUUUGGAUCGGCUUAUCAUCACCAGUGCUGAAGCUUCCCCUGCUGAAUGUUGCCAACAUGCUAAGAUUUUGGAAGACACACAGUUUGUUGAUGGGUAUAAGCAACUGGGAUUUCAGGAGACUGCUUAUGGAGAAUUCUUGAGUCGACUAAGGGAAAAUCCUCGUCUUAUUGCCUCCUCCUUGGUUGCUGGAGAGAAACUCAAUCAGGAGAACACACAGAGUGUCAUUUACACAGUUUUCACCUCUCUCUAUGGCAACUGCAUUAUGCAAGAAGAUGAAAGCUACCUCCUUCAGGUGUUGAGAUACUUGAUUGAAUUUGAACUUAAAGAAAGUGACAACCCCAGACGACUUUUGAGGAGAGGAACCUGUGCCUUCAGCAUCUUAUUUAAGCUUUUCUCUGAAGGACUGUUUUCUGCCAAACUUUUCCUCACAGCUACUUUACAUGAGCCAAUCAUGCAACUGCUUGUUGAAGACGAAGAUCACCUGGAGACAGACCCAAACAAGCUGAUUGAGAGGUUCUCCCCAGCUCAACAGGAAAAACUCUUUGGAGAGAAAGGCUCAGACAGGUUCAGGCAGAAGGUUCAAGAGAUGGUGGAUUCCAAUGAGGCCAAACUCGUGGCCUUGGUGAACAAAUUUAUUGGUUAUCUCAAACAGAACACUUACUGCUUCCCACAUAGUCUGAGGUGGAUUGUGUCACAGAUGUACAAAACUCUCUCCUGUGUAGACAGACUGGAAGUAGGGGAGGUCAGGGCCAUGUGCACUGACCUCCUGUUGGCCUGCUUCAUUUGUCCUGCAGUUGUCAAUCCAGAACAGUAUGGAAUAAUCUCUGAUGCUCCCAUUAAUGAGGUGGCGAGAUUUAAUCUGAUGCAGGUUGGCCGCCUUUUGCAGCAGUUAGCAAUGACUGGCUCUGAAGAGGGAGAUCCCCGGACAAAGAGCAGCCUUGGAAAAUUUGAUAAAAGCUGUGUUGCUGCUUUCCUUGAUGUUGUGAUUGGAGGCCGUGCAGUGGAGACCCCGCCAAUGUCCUCCGUUAAUCUCCUGGAAGGGUUGAGCAGAACUGUGGUUUAUAUAACCUACAGUCAGCUUAUUACUCUGGUGAAUUUUAUGAAGAGUGUGAUGUCUGGAGAUCAACUGAGAGAAGAUAGAAUGGCUCUUGACAACUUACUGGCAAAUCUACCCCAGGCGAAGCCAGGCAAAAGCAGCAGUCUGGAAAUGACCCCCUACAGUACUCCUCAGCUGUCUCCAGCAACCACGCCAGCAAAUAAAAAGAAUCGAUUGCCUAUAGCAACUCGGAGCAGAAGCCGCACUAAUGUGUUAAUGGACUUGCAUAUGGACCAUGAAGGAUCAGCUCAAGAAACCAUCCAGGAGGUGCAGCCAGAAGAGGUGUUGGUCAUUUCCUUAGGAACAGGUCCCCAGCUUACUCCAGGGAUGAUGUCAGAAAAUGAGGUCCUCAACAUGCAGCUUUCGGAUGGAGGACAAGGAGACGUCCCUGUUGAUGAAAACAAACUCCACGGUAAACCUGAUAAAACCUUGCGCUUCUCCCUGUGCAGUGAUAAUCUGGAAGGAAUAUCUGAAGGUCCUUCAAAUCGUUCUAAUUCGGUGUCCUCACUGGACCUGGAGGGGGAGUCUGUGUCAGAGCUUGGAGCAGGACCUUCUGGGAGCAAUGGAGUUGAGGCUCUGCAGCUGUUAGAGCAUGAGCAAGCUACUACGCAGGAUAAUCUCGAUGAUAAGCUCCGGAAGUUUGAAAUCCGUGACAUGAUGGGACUCACGGAUGACAGGGAUAUAUCAGAAACAGUGAGUGAGACGUGGAGUACAGAUGUAUUGGGGAGUGAUUUUGACCCUAACAUUGAUGAAGAUCGCUUGCAAGAAAUAGCAGGUGCAGCAGCAGAGAACAUGUUAGGCAGUUUGCUGUGCCUGCCCGGCUCAGGGUCAGUGCUUCUUGACGCCUGCACUGGUUCUACCAUAUCAGAGACAACAAGCGAAGCUUGGAGUGUAGAGGUAUUGCCAAGUGACUCAGAGGCCCCAGAUCUAAAGCAGGAAGAGCGACUGCAGGAACUGGAGAGCUGCUCUGGACUGGGUAGCACGUCUGAUGAUACGGAUGUCAGGGAGGUCAGUUCCCGCCCCAGCACUCCAGGCCUCAGUGUUGUGUCGGGCAUAAGUGCAACCUCUGAGGAUAUUCCCAACAAGAUUGAAGAUCUGAGAUCUGAGUGCAGCUCUGAUUUUGGGGGUAAAGAUUCUGUCACUAGUCCAGACAUGGAUGAAGUCACCCAUGGUGCCCACCAGCUGACCUCUCCUCCGUCUCAGUCAGAGUCUCUGCUUGCCAUGUUUGAUCCAUUGUCUUCGCACGAAGGGGGAGCUUCUGCUGUGGUAAGGCCGAAGGUUCACUAUGCCAGGCCGUCGCACCCACCCCCAGACCCCCCGAUCCUGGAAGGAGCUGUGGGAGGAAACGAGGCCAGGUUGCCUACCUUCGGUUCCCAUAUCCUGACUCCAGCUGAGAUGGAGGCGUUUAAACAAAGGCACUCGUACCCUGAGAGAUUAGUUCGCAGCAGGAGCUCUGACGUUGUGUCUUCUGUCCGGCGCCCGAUGAGCGACCCCAGCUGGAACCGACGCCCAGGGAAUGAAGAGCGGGAACUCCCUCCAGCCGCAGCCAUUGGUGCUACUUCUUUGGUGGCUGCGCCUCACUCUUCAUCUUCAUCCCCGAGUAAGGACUCCUCAAGAGGAGAGACUGAAGAACGCAAAGAUAGCGAUGAUGAGAAAUCAGACAGGAACAGACCUUGGUGGAGAAAGCGUUUUGUUUCUGCCAUGCCCAAAGCUCCUAUACCAUUUAGAAAGAAAGAAAAACAAGAAAAAGACAAAGAUGAUCUGGGGCCUGACAGAUUCUCAACACUCACAGAUGAUCCCAGCCCGAGACUCAGUGCACAGGCUCAGGUCGCUGAGGAUAUUCUGGACAAAUACAGGAAUGCCAUCAAACGCACCAGCCCCAGUGAGGGAGCGCUGGCAAACUACGAAAGUGCAGAAGUCAUGGGCGAUGGUGAAAGUGCACAUGACUCCCCUCGUGACGAAACCCUGCAGAACAUCUCCGCUGACGAUCUCCCGGAUUCCGCGAGCCAAGCGGCCCACCCUCAGGAUUCAGCCUUCUCUUACAGAGAUGCAAAAAAGAAACUGAGGCUCGCUCUUUGCUCUGCGGAUUCUGUGGCUUUCCCAGUUCUAACCCACUCAACAAGAAACGGUUUACCAGACCAUACAGACCCAGAAGACAAUGAAAUUGUCUGCUUCUUAAAAGUGCAAAUAGCUGAAGCAAUUAACUUACAAGAUAAGAACUUAAUGGCUCAGCUUCAGGAAACAAUGCGUUGUGUGUGCCGCUUUGAUAACCGGACCUGUAGGAAGCUGCUGGCUUCUAUCGCCGAGGACUACAGGAAGAGGGCCCCCUACAUUGCUUACCUCACUCGCUGUCGACAAGGACUGCAGACCACGCAGGCUCACCUGGAAAGGCUACUGCAGAGGGUUCUGCGGGACAAAGAGGUGGCCAAUCGAUACUUCACCACCGUCUGUGUGAGAUUGCUGCUUGAGAGCAAAGAGAAGAAGAUCAGGGAAUUCAUUCAAGACUUUCAGAAACUCACAGCCGCUGAUGAUAAAACCGCCCAGGUGGAAGAUUUUCUGCAGUUCCUGUACGGCGCGAUGGCCCAGGAUGUCAUAUGGCAGAACGCGAGCGAGGAACAGCUUCAGGACGCUCAGCUGGCCAUCGAGCGAAGUGUGAUGAACCGGAUCUUCAAACUUGCCUUCUACCCGAAUCAGGACGGGGACAUACUCCGUGACCAGGUUCUUCAUGAACAUAUUCAGAGAUUGUCUAAAGUAGUGACUGCAAAUCACAGAGCUCUUCAGAUACCAGAGGUUUAUCUUAAGGAGGCACCAUGGCCCUCGGCACAGUCAGAAAUCAGGACAAUAAGUGCUUACAAGACGCCCCGGGACAAAGUGCAGUGCAUCCUGAGAAUGUGCUCCACGAUCAUGAACCUCCUGAGCCUGGCCAACGAGGACUCCGUCCCAGGGGCAGAUGACUUUGUCCCCGUGCUGGUGUUUGUGUUGAUCAAGGCAAAUCCACCCUGUUUGCUGUCCACUGUUCAGUACAUUAGUAGCUUUUAUGCCAGCUGUCUGUCUGGAGAAGAGUCCUAUUGGUGGAUGCAGUUCACAGCAGCCGUGGAAUUCAUUAAGACUAUCGAUGACCGAAAGUGA